AAAAAAGUUUUCCUCGUAAACUGGAUCGGUUGGUUUUCGAAGCAAACGCCAGUUAUAUUUCGUGUGUUGUGUGUGUCAUGUUACAGCAGCAAUGCAUAUUAAUUCGCCGGUACGUGGUAGGGAUAUCCCUGUUGAACUUCACGUGGUGUUAACUAGAUGAUAUUAACGUCGGGUUGCAAUAUUUUCACGGCUUAUUCGGACUUAACAACGCGUCUGCACGAUCGUUUAUAGUUUUCGCCCAUUGUUUGGACACCCGUAAAUUCGCAACAAAUUCAAUGCGUUUGUGUAAUGGACAUACCGUGUAGAAAUAAUAUCAACAAACGGAACCCAGCGCAAAACAACGAUAAACCGGUUUCACUAAGGUAUUCACACAUAACUGCGUGAACAUCACAUCAAAAUGAACAUUGAAACUUAUGAAAGCUAUUUAUUAUCUUUUGGAAUACUUUAUCAAGUGAUCUUCAUUAAUGACAACGUCUAACAAAAAUGAAAUAAUCGGAUUUGAACUAUGGGCCGAAAAAAACCAAAAUAUCAUGAACGCAGCUGCGUUUUUGACUUUGCUUAUUAUGUGCAUAGGUAUAAUUGGUAAUGGCUUGACUAUAAUAGCAUUAGUUAAAAGCCCACGAAUUCGAAAUGUAGCGUCUGCAUUUAUUAUCAGUUUAGGAGCAGCUGAUUUGUUAUUUUGUGUUGUCGUAUUACCCUUUAGCGUAUCCAGAUUUUUAAACUUCAAUUGGGCACAAAAUCCAAUACUGUGUUCUAUUGUACCGUUUCUCCAAUAUGUCAAUGUGGGUGUAUCAUUGCUGUUCAUUUCUAUGAUCACCAUAAAUAGAUACAUAAUGAUUGUUCAUACAAGUUUAUACAGUAGAAUAUAUCGUCCAAUAUGGAUAGCUUCCAUGAUUGCAUUUUGUUUGACUCUAGCUUUGGGCAUGCAAAUACCUACGCUAUUAGGCAUAUGGGGUGAAUAUAAACAUGAUCCAAAACUGGGUACAUGUUCCAUAACAGUUGACAGAUGGGGUCGAUCGUCCAAAACUGCGCUUUUCAUCAUUGGGUUCAUCAUACCGUGCAUUGUAAUUGUUUGUUGUUAUACUGGUAUAUUUUGGGUCAUUCGUAAAUCAGAAAAUCGAAUGCAAAAACAUCAAAUAUCUACUCGAAGUGAUCCAAAUACAAAAAGUAUGCAAGCUAUAAAAAGAAAACGUAACGAAUGGAGAUUAACAAAAAUGGUUUUAGCUAUUUUUUUAUCAUUUGUAAUAUGCUAUUUACCAAUCACAAUUAUAAAAACCACUGAUCCAGAUGUUCUUCAUCCAGUUCUUCAUUUAAUUGCAUAUGUCAUGCUUUAUAUAUCAGCAUGCUUCAAUCCAAUUAUAUACGUUAUAAUGAACAAACAAUAUAGAAAAGCAUACAAGUCAAUUUUGCAGUUUGGGUGUUGUAAGACAGCAACGAAACGAAUGCCUGUAUUGAGAACCAUAUCAAAACGUCUACAUCCACACGGUAACUUACCACCAUCUGCGCAUGUAAAUUCACAAAGACAAACUCAAGAAGAAGGAUGUAAAACAAUUGUAUCACAAGUUUCGAUUGCUCUUGAAACAAUGGACAAUAACAACAGAAAUAUGAGUAGCUUAAUUUAGUAUAAUUUUAGUUAAAAAUAUUUUGGAUUUUAUGAAUCUUUUCAUUAAAUAAAUGAAAUUGGAAUAAAUACUUAGGUUAAUUUAAA